GGGGCUCCUCUGUGUCGGGCUCUGCGCGGCGGCCGGGCGCGUCCCUGCGGGCACCGGUGGAUGCGUGCGGGGCUGCUCGGGCACGGCGGGUCUCUGCGGGAGCCGCGCCCUGCGCGCUCUCGCCCGCGGAGUUGGUCGCAGGCCCUACGGAUUUCAAGAUAGUGUACACCUGAAGAGUGCUUGGAAAAAGCUAAGACACCUGUUAACUUGAGUCAAGCUGGAAUUCUUGUGAAAAGUUAAGCAUUUUCUUCCUGGCUGCUGGGAAAAGAUUCUGCUUUCAGUUGUCAGAGAUGGUGAUUUGAAGAAUCAUACUUCCAAUAUGAACAAAGCAAAAGCAUCAUCUGAAAAAAGUGUUUCAGCCAAUUCUCGGACUAUAUCCCUGCUGUCACAGCUGGAGAAGAUAAAUUCAGACUCUGUGUUAGGAGAAUCAGACAGUGCCAGACAUGUUACCUCCAAGAUCCUUCAUCUGGUCCAGAGUCAAGAAAAAACCAGGAAGGAGAUGACUUCUAAGGGCUCCACUGGAAUAGAAAUUAUUCUGUCAACCCUAGAGAAUACAAGAGAUCCGCAAACUAUUCUAAAUAUAUUGAAUAUUCUCAUUGAGAUAGUCUCAGUUGGUGGUGGUCGGAGAGCAAGUGUCUUAGUCACCAAAGGAGGGACACAGAUCUUGUUACAGCUGCUUUUGACUGCCAGCAAAGACUUUCCACCAAAUGAAGAACUAAUGGUGCUUCUUCAUACUCUCCUUGCAAAAAUUGGUCCAAAAGACAAGAAGAUUGGAGUGAAAGCAAGAAUAAAUGGUGUCCUAAACAUAUCAUUGAAUUUAGUGAAGCAUAAUUUGCAGAACUACAGGCUAGUAUUGCCAUGUCUUCAAGUAUUAAGAGUUUAUUCAACCAACUCUGUAAAUGCAGUAUCUCUGGGAAAGAAUGGAGUAGUAGAACUGAUGUUUAAGAUUAUUGGCCCUUUUAGUAAAAGGAACACUAGCCUUAUGAAGGUUGCUUUAGACACACUUGCUGCAUUGCUAAAAUCAAAAACAAAUGCCAGGAGAGCAGUAGACAGAGGAUAUGUGCAGGCGCUUAUAACGAUUUAUGUUGAUUGGCACCGUCACGACGGUCGACACAGAUACAUGCUGAUACGUAAAGGAUUGUUACAGUGCAUUAAAAGCGUUACAAACAUCAAACUGGGAAGAAAAGCAUUUCUUGAUGCCAAUGGGAUGAAAAUUCUUUACAACACUUCACAGGAGUGCCUUGCCGUAAGAACUCUUGAUCCUCUCGUCAAUACAUCCAGCCUAAUAAUGAGAAAAUGUUUUCCCAAAAAUCGUCUUCCUUUACCAACUAUUAAAAGUGCUUUCCAUUUCCAACUCCCAGUUAUUCCUGCCAGUGGUCCUGUGGCUCAGCUGUACAAUUUGCCUCCUGAUGUGGAUGAUGUAGUAGAUGAAAGUGAUGAUAACGAUGAUGCUGAAACAGAAUCAGAAAUUGAAACUGAAAUUGAUGAUGACAAGGACCAACAUUUUAAGAAUGAUGAUAUUGAGACGGAUAUUAAUAAACUGAAACCCAGACAGGAACUGGGAAGAUCCAUAGAAGAAUUGAAAAUGUAUGAGCAAUUUUUCCCAGAACUUUCAGAAAACUUUCAGGAAUGGGACUUAGUUUCCAAGGAACCAAAGCCUUUUGUACUUGAUGCAAAUUUGAGUGGACCUAUUGUUGUUCCUACAGCCAGUGAGGAGCGCUCUGCCGAAGCAAACCAAUCAACAAAAGGAGUUGCUUUAAAGGAAUGCAGUCCUUUAUUGACAGAGGAAUACAAUAGAAGGCCAGGGUCUCUGGAACUACCAAAGAAAGAUAACAUGAAAGGUGGUAGUUUACAUCAGCAAAAUGAUCAAAGAAACAUGCUUCCAUCAUGCCAGUGUCUAAGCCAAGAAAUUGUGAAAGGCUUGGACAGAAUCAGUCUCCAGAACAGUGCAAAAAAUGAUCAACAUUAUGGUACAGGGUGUGUAGUAGAGAAGGAAAGCAAAGCUGGCAUUACCACACUUGCUUCUAGUAAACCCUGUGAGCAUGUUUCACCCUGUGGAGGUAGUAUCUUUGAAGGAUCGUCUGUCCAGCUGGGAAAACUCUGCUGCACUGGAGUGGAUUCAGAGGAGGAGGAGGAUUCCAGAUCUAGUUCAUCAGGAGAACAUGCCACACUUCAAGUUUGUGACGUAUCACCAGUUCAUGACUGUGAUCUUUAUCUUGAAAUGGUGAAGAACACAAAAUCUAUUCCUGAAUACUCAGAAGUGGCCUAUCCAGAUUAUUUUGGCCAUAUUCCACCCCCAUUUAAGGAGCCUAUUCUGGAAAGGCGAUAUGGAGUGCAGAGGACAAAAAUCUGUCAAGAUAUUGAAAGGCUGAUUUAUCAAAAUGACAUUAUAGAUAGAGUUGUGUAUGACCUUGAUAAUUCGAGUUUUUCUGUACCAGAGGAGGCAGAUGUUCUGAAGUUUAAUUCCAAAUUUGAAUCUGGAAACCUGCGCAAAGUUAUUCAGAUCAGAAAAAAUGAGUAUGAUCUAAUUCUGAACUCAGAUAUAAAUAGCAAUCAUUAUCAUCAGUGGUUCUACUUUGAAGUCAGUGGAAUGAAAACUGGCAUUGGUUACCGGUUUAACAUCAUCAACUGUGAAAAGUCAAACAGUCAGUUCAACUAUGGUAUGCAGCCCCUCAUGUAUUCUGUUCAGGAAGCACUACGUUGUCGACCAUGUUGGACUCGUGUUGGGACAGAUAUUUGUUACUACAAGAAUCACUUUUCAAGAAGUUCAAUUGCUGCUGGGGGCCAGAAAGGAAAAUCCUAUUACACAAUUACAUUCACAGUGACUUUCCAACACAAAGAAGAUGUGUGCUACUUUGCUUACCAUUAUCCAUAUACAUACUCAACUUUAAAGAUGCAUCUUAGGAAGCUGGAAUCUAUGCACAACCCUCAACAGAUAUAUUUUCGGCAUGAUGUUCUCUGUAAGACCCUGGCUGGCAACAGCUGUCCAUUAGUCACUAUUACAGCCAUGCCAGAGUCCAAUUACUAUGAACAUAUCUAUCAGUUCAGGAAUCGUCCUUAUAUAUUCCUGUCUGCUCGUGUGCAUCCUGGAGAGACUAAUGCAAGCUGGGUUAUGAAGGGAACACUGGAAUACCUUAUGAGCAAUAGUCCAAAUGCACAGUCUUUACGGGAAUCUUAUAUUUUCAAAAUUAUUCCCAUGCUCAAUCCAGAUGGUGUCAUCAAUGGAAACCACCGUUGCUCUUUAAGUGGAGAAGAUUUAAACAGACAGUGGCAAAAUCCAAAUCCAGAUCUGCAUCCCACUAUUUACCAUGCUAAAGGGUUACUGCAAUAUCUGGCUGCUAUAAAACGUUUGCCUUUGGUCUACUGUGAUUAUCAUGGUCAUUCUCGUAAAAAGAAUGUAUUUAUGUAUGGCUGCAGCAUCAAAGAGACAAUGUGGCAUACAAGUGUUAAUGCUGCCUCUUGUGACCUAAUGGAAGACCCUGCUUACAGGGCACUCCCCAAAAUCCUGAGUCACACUGCCCCCGCAUUCUGCAUGGGCAGCUGCAGCUUUGUAGUGGAAAAGUCCAAGGAAUCUACAGCACGAGUUGUUGUCUGGAGAGAGAUAGGAGUACAAAGGAGCUACACAAUGGAAAGCACAUUAUGUGGAUGUGACCAGGGCAAGUAUAAAGGACUGUGUCUUCCUGUGAUUAGCGUAGUGGAGCCCCAGCUAUGAUUGGGGUCUUCGAAAGUUAAUGAUGUGCAAACAAAUACAAAACAAAGCCAAAAAAUUGGUCUCUGUGGAUAAGGUACUGCACUGAGUGAGGAGAACUGAUUUCUGUUCCCAGCGGGGUCAGUGACAUGCUGUGAGACACUGUGCAAAUCGCUUCAACCCUCUCUGCCUCCAUUUCUCCAUCAGUACAGUGAGGAUAAUUCUUCCUUUAUUAAUAAGUGCUUUGAAACCUACAGCACAAAAGCAUUAUAAAAGAGGUAAGUAGUAUUACUAUUAAGAAUAAUACUCAACUAUUCAACUCUUGUUCACUGCUAACAGGUUUCAGUACCAUUUGGCCGGAGGAUGGCACUGUUCAGAAUCAUGGAUAUAGAUUUAUCUUUCUUGUUACUAAAAAGCACCUUGUUUAUGAGUACUAUCAAGGCAAAAAAAGAACUCAGAAGAAAAAUCAAACUUUUCUUCUAUUAAGUAUGUUCAAAACAGCACAUGGAGACUGUAUGUGUACCAUUUCUGGAGCAACAUACUUUCUUUUAAACCUUGCAUUUUAAAAUGCAGUGUCAGUGUGGCAACACAUACAAAGCUUGUGUGUCUUUUCCCUGGCUUUUGGUAAAAAUUCCUGCUUCAUUCUUUUUUGCUUCUUUCAUACUUGAUGACUUAGCUUACCACCAAUUCCUGGCUCUUCUGUUUCCCUGUUCGUAUUGUCAAAGCGUCUUUUUAACUAAUCUGUAUGUUAAGGAGUUGAGAAGAUCCAAGCUAAAGUCCUUUUAGAUUCUCCAGAGAUGCAGAAAUUGCAAAGCGGGAAAUUGAGUCGAGUUGUACCACUGAAUUUGCUAGUGUAUAUACAGUUAGUACUAGCCAAUAACAUAACUCUUGAGGCUCAGUCUAAAUUACACUCCUUUUAUAAAGUAGUUGAGGUCAGAGGUUAUGUCCCUAUAUACUGCACUUCUGGCUAAAUUAAAAAUGUACAAUUACCUGAUGGGAGGAUUUAUUAGAUAUGUAAACUUGGAGAGCAUUACAUAAGUUCUACCUUCUAAAUAGUUUUUGCAGAGGAAAAUGCCUGGCCAUAUAAUUCAAGUUAGAAAAGAGCUAUAGAUUUUGAGAAUUCGUUUGUUAGUUUUAAUUACUAAAUACGUGAAUAAAUGCUUUCAGAAUUAACACAUAUAGCCUCUAACUUAUAGCGGGGAAGAGACAUCUGUCUCAUGGAGUAACUGCUGCCUUAGGUAGUCUUACCUAUGUGUCAAAACAUAGCAAUGAAUUUGAUCACAUCUAUGAUAUUAAUUCUCUCCUUCUUAAAAUUCUGUUUGAUGAAAUUUAUAUUGAGAAAUCUUGUAUUUUAAAUUCUUAUUUUAAAAUAAUUUAUAGUUAUGAACCUAGACAUUAUCUAGGUUCAUAUCUCUGCCUCUUUUCCGAUACUACUGGGAAAAGAUUUGUUAAUUUUGGGGUGUUAGAAGUGUAGACUAGGAAGCUCCCAAAAAUGUGAAUGCGUCUGUUCAACCUUGAAGGAAUCAUGUAGGUAUUCCUGAGUCUUCUCUGAUACUCUAAGUGUUUAUUCUACAAAUUUGAUUUGUUCUGUCUUUAAAAGCAAGAGAAUGUAUUAAAUAAAGUAAGAAAAUAUUAACCUAAAGAGCUAUUCUGCAGUAUGUGUGCGUUAAUCUGCCUGUACCUAUUUUGUAUUUUUAAAUCUUAUUUUCAAAUUAGGGAUUGCAGAUAGGUACAAGAGAACUGGAGGAGAUGGGAGCAAAGUUCUGUGUUGGCUUGCUGCGUUUAAAAAGAAUGUCCUCACCUUUGGAAUACAAC